UCGAUGGUGCCGCGGCUGCUGCUGCUGCUGCUGCUGUUCUUGCGGGGCGAGAGGCGACGGCGAUUGGCGGCUCCUUUUCCAGGCCGAGGAGAGGCUUUGACCGGAGAGCUGCGGGCUGGGGCUCGACGUGGGAGAGAGAGAGGGAGGGAGGGAGGGAGCGAGGCGUGUUCGGGUCCCCAUCCCUCCUCCUCCUCCUCGUCCCGCUUGUCUGUCAUGAGCAUCCACGGCGGCGGCUCGGCGUGAGGCGGGCAGCGGAGCCAUGAAGCCCCUGGAGAAAUUCCUCAAGAAGCAAGGCUCCCACUUGGCCUCCAAGGCCACGGCGACGACGGCGGUGGCGGCGGCGGGGCCGAUGUCUCGGCGGCAGAGCGCCUCGAAGAUGCUUCCGAAGGAGCCUCCGGAGGAGGAAGAGGCGCCGGAGGCGGAGGAGGCGGGCCCGGAGAGCGCGGGGGGCGGCGGGCGGUGGCUGGAGCUGCGGCCCCCGGACGCCGUCCUGCGCUCGCCCACCUCCUUCUCCUCCGAGGAGCUCUCCCCCGCCGGAGGAGGAGGAGGAGGAGGGGGCGGGGGAAGCGGAGGGGGCGAGGGGCAGCUCAGCCCGGAGCCCGCGCCCCCCACCUGCUGCUGGGCGCCCCUGGCCCAGCCCCACAGCCCCCCCGGCCUGCUGGCGGGCCUGCUCGAGAGGCUGGGCCAGGACCCCUCCGCCCCACACCGCCACGGAGGCUGCGGGGCAGAUCUGCUCCUCGAUGAUAUUGUCCUCACCCAUUCGUUGUUCCUGCCCACGGAGCAGUUCCUGCAUCAGCUGCAUCAGCACUUCAUGACAGCAUCGACAAUCCCAUUGCCGUCCUGUUGGAAAGAAGGUGAGGCCAUGCACCGGAAGCGAGCGGUUUUGGUUAUUUUGCUGCACUUCCUUGAGACGUACAAAGGGAUCUUGCAGGAGGAGGAGAAAGCAGGCAAAGUCAUCAAGGAUCUUUAUCUGCUCAUCAUGAAGGACUCCUCUCUCUACCAGAAACUGGAAGAGGAAAUUUUGAAGCUGCAUCAGCUUGUGGAGACAGUUGAACUUAAGGUGACUGAAGAAAGCCAUCCUCCCAGCAAACAGGUCAAACCUCUCUUCAGGCAUUUCCGGCGCAUUGAUUCGUGCCUUCAGACACGGGUUGCUUUUCGUGGGUCAGAUGAAAUAUUCUGCCGUGUCUACAUGCCCGACCACUCCUAUGUCACAAUUCGCAGUCGCCUCUCGGCUUCUGUGCAGGACAUCCUUUCUUCAGUGACAGAGAAGCUCCAGUAUUCUGAUGAACAGCCCUCACGAGAAGAGGCUCUCAUCCUGGUGUCAGUAGCAUCAUCAGGAGAGAAAUCUGUGCUACAGCCCAAUGAAGAGUGUGUUUUCACAACGUUGGGGAUAAACAGCCAUCUCUUUGCCUGCACUAAGGAAUCUUUUCCAUCCCUGGUCCCUCUCCCUGAUGAAAUCCAGGUGUCUCCAGGUGACACAGAAAUCCACCGUGUUGAGGCUGAAGACGUGGCAAAUCACCUUACAGCCUUCCACUGGGAGUUAUUCCGCUGUGUUCAUGAGCUGGAAUUUGUGGACUAUGUGUUCCAUGGAGAACGAGGGCGACGAGAGACAGCCAACCUUGAAUUGCUGCUACAGCGUUGCAGUGAGGUUCAGCACUGGGUGGCCACCGAGGUGCUACUUUGCGAGUCACUGGGGAAGCGGGCUCACCUGCUCAAAAAGUUCAUCAAGAUUGCAGCAGUAUGUAAACAGAACCAGGACAUGUUAACAUUCUAUGCUGUGGUCAUAGGGCUAAACAAUGCACCUGUCAGCCGCUUACGUCUCACCUGGGAGAAGCUUCCAGGGAAAUUUAAGAACUUGUUCAGGAAAUUUGAGAACCUAACGGACCCUUGUCGGAAUCAUAAAAGCUACCGAGAAGUUCUCUCUAGGAUGAAGCCUCCAAUAAUCCCCUUUGUGCCCCUAAUCUUAAAAGAUCUGACGUUUUUGCAUGAAGCUAGCAAAACUUUGGUGGACGGACUGGUCAAUGUAGAGAAGCUGCACUCAGUAGCAGAGAAAGUUCGGACAAUCAGGAAGUGUCGGAGCCGGCCCCUCUGCUUGGAAAUGGAGUCAUCUCCCCAGCAGUUGCAGACAAAAGCUUACGUCCGGCAGUUUCAAGUUAUUGACAAUCAAAACCUGCUCUUUGAGCUCUCACACAAGCUGGAGUCAAACAACCAAUGAGGCCACAGCCCAUAGGUGGGCGUUGCCAGCAAAGAAUGUUUACUCCGUGCGAUACUCAAGCACUUUUUAGAUGUACAGGGGUUCUUCCUAGGGUUGGCCCAGGUUGGAAAGAACAUCAUGGAGUCACCAUACGGCAGGGAUGCUCAACCGUGGUCAGGGAUAGGCCAAACACUUUGGUGUCUGUGGCACAAAAUUGAAUGGCACUUUGCCUUCCUAUAUUUAACACGGUGAGACACAAUUUGCUGGGAAGUUUUGUUGCCAAGCCUGGCACCAAGGCAUUUUGAUACCAUAGAUGAAAAAUCCAAAUAGCACCUUCCCCAGUUCUGUUGCUGCCACUUUAACUGUGCCCUACAUCUGUAUCCUUUGCUUAAUGGGAGAACUGGCCCUGUCUUUUGUGCAACCAUGCUGGAAACAAAUAGAAGCUGCACUGCAAUACGUUUGGGUGGGCUUUUGUGGAAAAACUUCCCAGUACAUUGCAGCCCACUACUUACUUUGCCACAUUUCGUGGCAUUCAAACCUGAGGCGACUUCUUUGCCUUGCUUCAUGGUAGAACUGCUUGUAACUGCCUUUGAUAGAGUCACUAAGACUGAGAGGAAAGACAGAGGAAUACAGCUGCGAGUUGUGGAGCAAUAUUUUGUGGAGAUGAUCAAACCAAUACUGGAUUUCUUGACUUGCUUGUAGGGCAGCUUGUGCUGUUCAGACAAUAUUCCUCCUCUCUAUGAGCAUACGAGAACAUGGUUGGGUUUGUUAAGAAUUUACAUGCAUGCAAGUCCUUUUUUGGACAAGGCAUGGUCCUAAAGCUUCCCAUCCUUGGCACAUGUCAAGCUUUCAGAAAGGCUGCUGUUGCUCCUUCUUAUCAAUGGGGAGAGGGAGGCAAUUCAGGCCAUGAAGAUCCAGCUUCUCUGACCUCCUGGAGAGAGAGAAAAGCACUAUGCUUCAUUUGAAGGAGAAUCUUCACCCCACGUCAGUUGCUUCUAUAUAACCUCAAUCAUCCCUCUCUUUCCCCACCAAUAAGCAACAACAGCAGAGGCCACAACUAGGGCUUGACAGGCAGUGAGAGGACACAGAUCUCUCUGUGUGGAGCUAUGUGCACAUUUAGGAUCUUUGGAAAUCAUCAAUGUUUGAGUCGGAAAAAUAAGCUUCCAAUUAAUUGGAUACAGUCCAGCCACAAGGAACGCUAUGUGCAGAAAUGUCAAGAAGAGUUAACUUUCUGCCUUUCAGUCCCAGCUCUUCUAUAUCCGACAUUAAUGUGAUUGAUGUUUUCCAUCUUGGGCUGGAUGUGGAAACCUUUUUAAAAAAACAAUUAUGGAAUAAUACCAGGAGACUCUUAAAGGUGUCUUCUCAGGGUACAGUCCCAGACUGUGAAUAAUAAUUCUCAUUCAGGUAACUGAGAUAGGAAAAUGUGUUUGCUCUUUGUGUUAGUAUCCUUCUGACUUGCAUAAACCAAUAGGACAGCAUUGAUGGGGGCAUUUCUGCUGACUUGAAGUAGCCUCGAAAUUAUUUUGUCCCCAGUGAACGACUCUGCCAUAAUACAGGAUAAAGAAUACUCAACAUUUGCCAAGCAACAAUUCCCAAGCAACUGGGUGUGUUAUGGGAACUCAUGACAGUUAAAAUGGUACAAACUGUAUAUAAAGAUCAGUUUAGAUUAAUGUUAUCUCUGGUUCUGGCUCCUGUCUGGGUGUCUUGUAUAGCAAUAGAUGUUGGAUACAUUCAUUUUUUGUAAAUGCCUUAGAAGGGGCAGGGAAAAGAAGCGAAUACUCCCUUCUGUUGGACCAAUCUCUGGAUAAAUGUUACUCUUGAGUCCUGGAGGUUCUGCUCUAGCAACAUUGAAAGAGACCAGGAAGUCGGCUAUAUACUAGACCAGGCUAGAGCUGUGAAGUUUUCUUUCUCCAUAGUCUCUUUUGAGCAUUCAAAGGAUACGUUUGAAUAUGCAGCUGGCACUCCACAUUUGCGGGUUUGACAUUUGUGGUUUUGAUUAAAAUGUUCAUUCUUAGAAUUCCUAGAUCAACCAAUGUGACUAUAUGGUCAACUUCCACCAGUGGCUGACCAUAGAAUCAUGCUGGAAGGCCUUAAGAUUUCUAGAGAUGUGUUUUCUUCAUUUAAAAAAACCUAGCAAUUUUUAAAAAUCUGUGAUUUUCACUUUUGUGGAGAUCCUGUACCCUUAACCCCAUGAAUGUGGAAGGCUGCCUAUCUUGCCCUCAAAACAGUGCUAAUGGUUAUACAAUGAUGAAACAGUUAUGUCCUUACCCUACAGAGUGCCUUUAAAACAGAGGUUGGAAACUGCUCCUUUUAGUUUUUGUACCAACAAACCCCCUUUUAACAGCUGGAAUGCUGCUUAAGAGGUAAUUUUUGGGAGCUGAAGCAACGGUGAAAGGAAAGGUUAAUAUUCAAUAGGGCAGGAUUAAUAUAGGCUUGGAUUGAAAUUUUAUGUUGGAAGUGGGAUGCUCUUUUACUGCCCUUCAACCUCCUCCUCCAAUUGUAUAAAGAAACAUGUGAUACAAAAGUAUUAAGAGGUUCUUGACCCCUGCUGCAAUUGAUCUUGAGAACACACUUUCAAAAGCACUAAAUUUAAUUCAUGCUGACAGUAGUGAGAUCAGAAUCAGAGAUAUGAUUUAUUCUAGAUUAAUUACAUGGAAAAAGAAUAAUAGGAUUUGUGGACCCUCCACUGCCAUCUCCAAUAGGUUUUAACCAACUUUCUGCAGGACAGACUGCCACAAAUGUUCUUAUUAGUCUUUCCGUCAGAUCACAAAUAGGAAAUCUAUUUUUUAUUAUAACUGGGGCGCUCUAAGAAAUAUGGCUGCCUUUCCCAAUCUGGUGCUUUCCAGAUGCAUUAGACUACAACAUCUGUAAUCCCACAGCUAGAGAUUGUGGGACCUGUAAUCCCACAUCCAGAAGCACUUUAAAGGGAUUAUGGAUGCCAAUAUAACAAGGCAUAAUAACUCCUGCAUCAUGCUUCAGGGCUCAGACCCAGCAGCAGGAAUCUGUUUUCAGUGCCAUGGUGCAAUCCUGAAAAUGUGAACUAAUACUGAGUGCCUCUGAGCAUGUCCAGAGUGCAUUUCCCAUACUACUGACUAACCAUAGCCCACUUCCACACAGGAUGUUCAGGUUAGAGGGGAAGCACUUUUCUUUUUAGAAAUGUUUUCCCAGUCAUGUUUCUAACAGCUUUAAUAUGUGAUCAAAAUUUUAAUAUCAAAGAACGAGAUACUGGAAACAAUUCUCUGGCAUUUAAAAAAUGUAUUUUGUGUUUGCUGACUUCCUUUCUUUGUUUUUAUAAAGGAUUGUGUGUGUGUGGGUGUGUGUGCAGGGGUGGGUUUGCCUUUAUGGGCUUCUGUUCAGGGACUUUUUGUUUCAGGGUCUCUCGCUUUUGUCUAUAUUUCUUUUUUCUCUCUCCUGGAGAGAGAGUGUUUCAGGUCCUAAUGCGAGGAUGUGUAUAUGAAUAUGUAUAUAUUUAUAUUUUUAACAAGAUCUUCUCGAAUUGUACAUUUAUUUUUUAAGGAAAGAGCCUUGUAUCAUAUUGGAGCAUUGUACAGCAAAUUUUCUACUGUUGGAAUGAGGGAAUGCUUGCCUACACAUAUAGCCCAAUAAGCUUCUGCGAGGUGGAAUGUAAGCUGUGUUGUGUCGUUCUAGGGAAGCUCGGUUUAUUUUUGGUCUGGCUGUUGUUAUUAUUAUUGUUAUUGUUUUGCUAAAGAAGCACUUGGUGGGAAUCCAAAUUGUGAAACUAAAAUAUUGUAAAAAAAAUAAAAAUGAUAAUUGGC